AUGGCGCGAAACAUUCUGAUCCGGCAUCUGCCCAUUGCACAGUCCACGACGACUUUCCAAGCUAUCAGCUACCUGCUUGGUGUCGCGCUCUUCUCCAUCUCUUUCCUUGUCUUCCUCAACAGCAGCAUUUCUUUUGUCCUCACUGACCUGCUUCAUAUCGAGGAUGGCGUCGGCGAUAUCGUUGGCACUCUGGGCUUUGUCGAUGAGAUCGUGGCCCUGAUUGCAUGCCCCGCCUGGGGCCUGAUAUCCGACCGUUUGGGUGUUCGAUUCGUUGCCAUGGUCGGGUAUGCCAUCAUUGGCCUCGCCCUGUUUCUGUUUGUACAGGCAUCAAAUGUCUACCCUCAGCUCCUCCUGGCGAGGAUCUUCUUCGCCCUUGGGGCUACUGCUACAGCCACCAUGGUGACGGCAACCCUCCCCUGUCUCACAGACGACACCGAUUCCUCCCAGCAGGACGAGAACGAGACGGGAUCAGGCCAUCCCUUCCUCGCCCCAACCCACAACAACCGCGACAGUGUCACCCUCUCUGUCGAGUCCGACCUCACCAUCACGCCCGAGCGCUACACACGGCCCGGCUCCAACGGAGAUGCCUCCAAUGAGCCGCAUUGCACUGUCGACCCGGCGCAGGGCAAGCCAUCUAUCCUCGCGGGCUACGUCGGACUCUUCACUGGUCUCGGCGCGCUGGUUUCCCUCCUGGCUUUCUUGCCCCUCCCUGCCCAGUUCAGCAAGAUCGAGGGCGUCGAGAUGGGUGAGGCUGUGCAGUAUGCCUAUUAUGUUGUCGGAGCAGUUGCCAUCCUCGUGGCCUCAUUCGUGUACAUCGGACUGCGGAAGCUCAAGGGUGAGGAGGGCAAGGGUUUCCGUACGCUCUUCGGACUGAAGAAGAGGCAACUACCCGACGGAUCCGAGCCCCCGCGACGCACGUUUCUGCCUUACCGACAGCUACUUCGCGAGGCUGUCGUGCUUGGCUUCACGGACUCUCAGAUCGGCUUGGGCUACCUGGGUGGCUUCGUGGCCCGCGCGUCGACAGUUGCCAUCUCCGCCUUCGUUCCUUUGUUCGUCAACUCAUUUUACAAGGACCUCCCCGGUGGCGACACGCCGGAGUUCCAGAGGAAGGCGUACAUAUUGGCUUCCAUCCUCACCGGAGUCGCGCAGCUGUUUGCACUCGUCUUCGCUCCCGUCUUUGGUUAUGUAUCGAGCCGCAGUCGUCGCAUCAACUACCCAAUCGCUGUUGCAACCGUCUUCGGUGUCAUUGGCUACGCCGUUUUCCCCAACCUUUCGACCCCAGAAGUUUCGAAUGUUGAGGGUCGAGGCGGGUCUGGAGGCAUUUUCGUCAUUGUUGCUCUGAUAGGUAUCAGCCAGAUCGGCGCCAUCGUCUGCAGCCUGGGCACCCUGGGCAAAGGCGUGCUGGCUGCAGAUCCCCACAAGAAGGGAACUCUGCGUUUGCCGGUAGGAGAUGCCUCGGUCGUCCAGACAGAUCGGUCCGCCGAGGCUGGGGAGGGCGCACCACUGCUCGGCAACAGCAACGGCAAUGGCAACAAAUCACAACCACAAUGCACCAGGGUCCUGCUCAAGGGUACCAUCGCUGGUGUAUAUUCGUGGUGUGGUGGUGCGGCCAUCUUGCUGCUCACAAAGCUCGGCGGGCACUUAUUUGAUGUAUCGUCCAGGGGAGCGCCUUUCUACAUGAUGGCGUUCUUCAAUCUUGUGCUGCUUGUCGCAACACUUGGCGUAGACGUGGUGCGUCUCGCCAAGCAGAAACGAUCAAAGAACUGA